UAGCUCUUCGUCGUCUAGGGAUCGCCGCGAUCACGAGCUCACGACACCGUCGCCGGCGCCGAUUCAGCGCGAUCGUCGGCGACGUCGAGCUCGCGGCCGCCACCAUCACGAGCUCGUGUCACCUCCAUCGCUAGCGCGUCUCUGUACUUAGCUCCGCCUCUUUCGAGGACUCGAGCGCGCUUCGUUCGGUCAUCUAGCGGUUACGGCCGAGGGACGCGUUCCUGUGAUCUUGUUGCGUGAUUAGUGGUUGCGUUCGUCGCUGCACUAGAGCUUCUCCUUGUCAAUGUCGCCUAAUACGGAGGGCUUUAAUGAAUGUCCAGUUCUUACUCGGUCUGUCUUAGCUCAGGGCUCCGUUGACGAAGGAGUUGGAGAUGCUACUUCAUAAUCGGGAAUUUAAGCUCUUGCUUUCACUGGAUUUGAGUUUCACAACGCAGUAUUGCCGCUCAGAAGUUUUUAGGGAAAAGGACCAUUGUUUGAUGACUUUCUGCUUUUGUACAUGGCGUGGCAAGUGACAUGAAUGUGUAUGUCCAGAUUGAAGAUGGAGGAAUACUUGCAGUACAUGAAGACUCUGCGAUCUCAAAUGAACGAUGUGGAGGAUCAGGCGGCCAAGAUCUCGGUCGAAGAGCAGAUGCAGAUUACUACCAUUCAAUCUCUGGAAAGCGACCUCACUUCUGCAAAAUCCGAAAUUCAGAAACUUAAAGAAGAAACAGAGCAGAUGAUGACUGCAAAAGGUCAACUAUGCUCUCAGAUAUUGGACAAACAAAGAAAGGUCACUUCUUUGGAAUCUGAUUGUCGCACACUGACACAGACUCUGGAGCUAGUCCACCAAGAAAGAGUAAGCUUAUCGGCCAAACUAGUUGAGAAAAGCAUUUACUAUGCCAAGGUUGCCGAGGAUAUAGAUGUCAAACUCCAGCAACUACAAGGAUGGCUCAACCGUCGCAAACCAAGCCCAGACACAGUCAAGGAAACAUUCGAUGAAGAAAAGGUUGCAGCUGGAGCUAAUGCUGAUACCCUUGCAGCAAGAGGCAAACUUUCCAAUCACCUGCUUACUGACAAUGUGAACAAUGAAGCAACCAAGGAACUGAUCUUCAGUGUGGAUUCUGCAACAGCAAAACUUGACGAGAUCAAAAGAACAAAAGCUAAGCUAGCUGCAGAGAUUUCUGCAAUGAAGCAGCGAAUUGAGCAAAUGAAAAGCCGGUCAAAUGAGUUCCAGGAAGAGCUCAGGGCAAUGGAUUAUAAGACUUUAGAAAAGGAACAAAAAGCUCUUUUGGCAGAUAUUGUUGGGGAGACCGAGUUCCAGCAGUCUCUGCAGAAUCAAAUCGAGAAACUGAAGGGAAUAUCACAGCUUGUGAAGUGCGCCUGCGGACAAGAGUACAAGAUUGAGUUAGAUGGUUGAGUAGGAACAGGAGAAGAAGCAGCCAGAACAUCAGAUACAUGUGCAGCUGGGUUACAACUUUAUCAAUGCUCAUGCGUCUUCUAGGCUCCUCCACAGAGCAAGCGAGUCCAUACGAUAUACUUUUUACAAGCAACCCUUUGAAGUUUGCGGAGAUUUGCCAAUGAAGGGACUUUCCUGAAGAGAUUAUUGUCUGAAAGUUGGAACACUAGAUUUGUGGAAUUGGAUAUCGAUGAAGGAAUUGAUCCGGUGAACUGCUUAGCAACAAUGCUAAAUGCUUGAAGGUUCGGGAAUCCUAUAUCAUGCCGUGGAUUUGGUUCGUUUGUACAUCAAUUAUAGUCAGCGAAGACAAGUUGAAGACAGAAGGUGGAAUGGUACCUGAAAGCCCAUUGAUUGCCAAGGAGAGCUCUUCUAGGUUGGUUAGCCAACCUAGAGAUUGGGGAAUAAUCCUACUCAAACCAUUUAGGGCACAGUACAGCCACGCCACAGAUGAUAAAUUGCCUAUGGAUGAAGGGAUUCUGCCAAUUAAUUGGUUCAUAGAAAGGCUGACCCAUUGAAGAUAAGACAAGGUGAAUUGUAGGGUAAAUCCAAGAUUUGGAGCUGAUACAGCCGACCAAUUUGGGAAUGGAUUUUAGGGCUGAAGCUAUUUGUUUUGUAGGCACAAUCCUCUCAAGAAGCUACGGUUCCGAUGUGAGGUGAGAUGGGUCUCAAGAGUCUUUGAGAAUGGAGGUUCAGCACAGUGACUCUGUGGUGUCGAUGACCACAUGUAACCCCAUACCAUUGACAAAAGUCGGUGCUGUUGUUCCGCAAGUUAUGCAACCUAAGAGGGUUGCUAGUUAUUUCAGCCUUGAAUGCAAGUAAUGUAAGUCUGUCUGUAUUGUUAGUGGUAGGAAAAAUGAUGACAACAAAGCACGAUACGAGGUGGGCAACCAAAAGAAGAUGAGAACAAAUGCGUUGUACACAAAUCAGAUGCAACUGUGCCAUUUCAUGAGCAUAAAUCGGGUACUAAGUCGCGAAGGAAUGACUGAAGUGAUAUGCAUGAUAUGGAGCAGCUUAAGUUAUAUACUGAACAACCUCACACAAAAGUGCUUUUAUAGAAGCUAUGUAGGACCGUGAAAGAGUUCAUCCGGUACGCAUUCGACACACAAAAUUCGUGGAAAGAGUUCUUAAU